UCGCCGGGGUAUUUAUGGCCUGGCUAGCUGGCAGCUGCGGGGGAGCUAGAACAGAGCACUGGGCAGUGGAUGAGGCGCGGCACCUGUGGCUCAGGGCGCCUCCCCCCUCGGAUUCCCGAACCCUGCCCGGUCCGACCCGAGGGGGAGGAUGGACACUCCAGCCGCGUUCUGAGCCUGCGCAGAAGUUAGCACACGUGUGGCUACAACACCUCAAGGUCCACCCCAGGCCACCCCUUCGUCCCCUCUACUACUUGAUCUCCCGGAGUCGGGGGUGUGAAAAACCGCGCGAUGGCGGACAACUUGAAGAAGCUGGCCAAAAGCGAAUCUUUCCGAGAGCUGCAGGAUAAAAUUGCCUACUGGGUGAAGGACUACAACACAAACUCCUGUGAUCAAAACCUAAAUUAUUGCAUCGGACUCAUUGAACAAGUGGCCAAAGUGCAGGGACAACUCUUUGGGAUCCUCACAGUGACAGCCCAAGAAGGACAACAUAACGAAGGUGUGGAAACAAUCAAGACUCGCCUUUUGCCUAUGCUGCACACUUCUUUCAGUAAUGUAAACAUGGUAAAGCAUAUGGAGAACAGGCUCUCGAAUAGCAAGGACAUGUAUUUCAGAGACAGAGCCAGAAUCAGUAUUCCUGAGGAUCAGGACGAUGAGCAAGUAGUCUAUGACUCAAACACGGACAGUCAGCAAGACCAGGUUCAAGACGAUCUGAUUGACAAUGGGAAGGCUUCUGAAGCACCCAAGCGGUCAACCGUAUCACUCAUGGCGGCGGAGGAGGAGAUACACCAGCUGAAAAAGCAGCUGAAAUCUCUACAAGCCCAGGAGGAUGCCCGCCACAGAAACUCAGAGAGUCGACGCUCUGAGGUGUCAAGGUCUGAGCGUCGAGGGUCAAACAAAUCCCGGCUCUCAGAGCCACGGCACCAAGAGGUGACGCCCGACUAUGAGAAGCAUCCGCAAAGCCUGAGGGAUGAGAUAACUGUGUUGUCUGCUGAAAAAUCUGCUCUCCACGGAAGGGCAGCCAGGAGCCGGUCUCCUAGUCCUCCUUACCACAGCAACAGCCACAGCCCCAACAACAGCCCCAACCACAGCAGGUCCAACAGCCCCUGCACUGUGGUGGCCAAGGUCAGAAGCCCAUCCCCAAACCGGUCCAAGAUGUCCAGCGUGGCUCGAAAAGCUGCUCUCCUGUCCCGAUUCAGCGACGCCUACUCCCAGGCCCGCCUGGAUGCGCAGUGCUUGCUGCGGCGUUGCAUCGACAGGGCUGAGACGGUCCAGAGGAUCAUCUACAUCGCCACAGUGGAGGCAUUUCAUGUAGCUAAAAUGGCGUUCAGGCAUUUCAAGAUCCGCGUUCGGAAGAUGCUAACACCGUCACACUUGGGAUCGAAUGAAUUUGAGAACACAGUCUUGGACUAUAUCAUUUGUCAUCUUGAUCUAUAUGACUCUCAAGGCAGUGUUAAUGAUGUGAUUCGUGCCAUGAACGUCAACCCCAAGAUCUCAUUCCCUCCCGAGGUUGACUUCUGCCUCCUCACUGAGUUCAUCCAGGAGAUUUGCUGUAUCGCCUUUGCGAUGCAGUCCUUAGAUCCACCGCUUGACAUUGCGUUCGGGGCAGAUGGAGAAGUCUUUAACGAUUGCAAGUACCGCCGCAGCUAUGACUCAGACUUCACUGCUCCCUUGGUCUUUUAUCACGUGUGGCCUGCUCUCAUGGAGAAUGACUGUGUCAUCAUGAAGGGAGAAGCUGUCACCAAGAGAGGGGCUUUUUGGAGUUCUGUGCGACCUGUGACACGAUGCCGUAGCAGGAGUUUAAGUCCCAUCUGUCGUCGUAGCCACAUUGGACUAAGCACGAUAUCUCGAAGUCGAAGUCCAUCUCCAAUAAGAUGUACAUUGCCAAGGUGCCAUUUAAUCAGUUCAGAAUUGGCAGCUAUAGCUUCGAGCAUCUGAGAGCUAACUCCCCCAUAUUGCAUGUUUUCUUGUAAGAUAUACAAUAAAUUAGCAAACUUAGUCAAUUAACAAUCAAUCUUAAUCAAUCAGCAAAUGAAACAACUUGUAUAUUGGCAGCAUACUGCCAAUAGAUUAAUGUUGAGUAAUAAAGGAUGAACCAGAGUUGGGUCAAGUGAGAGUGUUUGCUACAGAGCAGCUUUAAUGUGUGUGCUAGAUUUCUAGCUUG